GAGGUGGAAGAGCUUCGAGAGUAAAGGCAUCCGGAUCGCCAGUUUUGGAACUUUUUCUCUGACAAAUGCCUCCCAAAUCCAUCAGAAAGUGUUUGGACCGGAUCCUGGGCAGCUUGUCCAAAGAAAACUUUGACAAGUUCGUCCACGAGCUCGUGCAAAGACAGCAGGAGCCGCGCGUGCUGCGAAACAAGGUGGAGGGCGAACGAGACUGGGAAGUUGCAGAGGUGAUGAUCCAAAUCUUUACUGAAAAUACAGCUGUGGAUGUGGCCAUGGAGUUACUGAAAGAGAUCGACCUCACCAGUGAAGCAGAGGAACUGGCUGGAGCAGCUGGUCCUCCAGAGAAACACUUUGUGGACAAACACAGGACGGCCCUGAUCCAAAAGCUGAGCCUGCUUGACCCCAUUUUAGAUGUACUCAUGGAUGAAGGUGUAAUUAAUUCAGAAAUGUACAGUGAGAUUAGAUUAGAGAAACAGACAAAACAGGAAAAGGUGAGGAGACUUCUAGAUUAUCUCGAAGGAACUGGUGAGGAAGGUAAAGAUGUCUUCUUGUCGGCCCUCAGGGACCAGCAGUCGUUUCUCGUCAAGAGCCUAGAAAAAAAUUAAAAGAAAAACACAAAAGAAAACACAAGUUUAGUUUUAUAAAAAUAAAAAUCUUCUGGUCUGAAAAUAUGAACAUUUAUUAAUUAGAAGUUCACUUUUUUUUUUAAUGCAAUAAGCACCAAACUGAACGGGAAUCAGUUUUUAGGCCUUUGAAUUUGAGUCAGAAGAACAGAAUUAUACCUAAAUGUUUACUCAGGUUUAUUCAGGUCUGAGGAUCAUUUUCUGUUGGUUCUUUAUCAUUUAUUAUAAAAUGAUCUUGUUGGACUAAUGUUAUUGGUUUUCUCAUAUAGAGAGGAGAAAGGAGAAGCAAGAAGACAAUAUUAUGACGUUUCUCCUUUAUAUGCCAGCAUAUAUAUACAUAUAUAUAUAUAUAUGUGUGUGUGUAUAUAUAUAUAUAUAUAUAUAUAUAUAAGUUACUAAACUAAGCAGUGAUAUGAGUGAAAUAAUUACAAGACUCUUGCACAUUGAUCCCAUUUAUCAGGACUCUCUUUUGUGUAAGUGUGUGUAUGUAGGUGUGUGUACCAAGCGUUAUGGGUAAGUUGUGUUGAGUGAUCAUGCAAAUGUAACUGCUCCACCUCCGAGGAUCAGAGGCAGACCGAGAGGGCCCAGGCCCUGUGUAACCAGCAGCCACAGAGACCAGAACCGGGGCAGACCACCGCAGGAACGGCCAUAGACCCGGCCCGGUCAGAAGGAGCCAGAACCCCUCUUCAUCUUCAGACUGAACCGUUUUCUCUCUGACAAUCAAGCAUAAAACUUAACAUAUCUGAGUAUUACAUUUUAAACAAGUUAGUAUUUUAUUGACAGUUAUUUAGUUUUAUCAUCAGUAAGUUGAGUCUCAACAUGAAUCUCACAUAUAAAAGUCUGUAUUUAACAGGUGUGGAUAUAACUACGUAUCCAUACAUUGAGGAGUGAGUGUUUGUUACUUGAUAGAUAUUUAUUCUAUGGUAUAUGACUAAUUAGAAUUGUGUAGAAUUGAGGGUUCCUAAGAUCAACUUUAUAUAAGUUUCUCCUGUUUAUAUUAUCGCAGAAGCAGCUAAACCUGCUGAGACAUGAAUACUUAUUUCCUGUGUCAGAGGAACAUCUCUGAACUGUUCCCACACACUUCAUAGCGUAGCGUUCAACUCUCGUUUUACAUUAACUGGUAGAAAAUUUCCAUUGUGACAUAAAGUUACAGCGUUUAUUUAACACGCAUCACUUUUUAGGUCCACCUACCUACGAUUUAACUUGAUGCUAAAGUGGACCUGAUCAUGUGGUCGAUGAGAGUGUAAAUGCAACAGGAAGCAUAAAGGUAACGGCUGGUAUGUGGAGCUGCGCAAUAGCUGCAACUAAAACUACAUGUUUAUCAGAGAAGAAUAACCCGCUCAGAUUUCUGCUUCUGGGAGCUGAAUAAGCUACAGGUAUGAACAUCAGUGUGUUAUUAAAGUUUUCAGUCUCACAGACGAGACCGGUUAUUUCACUCUUUCACUCCGCAAGACGAGACACGUUCACUGAUGGGAAAUACUCGCUAGUGGCAGCAACAUGAAUCAUUUUACAUAGAAGUAAACAUAAGAGGAUGGAUUUCAGAUAAACUACUUAAUGUGAAAGUUAUUUUAAAACAUGUUAUAUCCCAAAUUCCUUCCCUCGCAUUUCCAGUCCUACUUUCUCCGUCAAGCUGGCUUUAAAGUGAGCCGGUCAGCAGUAACAACAGACUGCUCCAUUUGGUAAAAGCUGCUCGUCAUGAGGGAAGAAUGGAGCAGGAGAUCUUUGAGUUCUGGAGAUCUGCAGGAGCUCUGUGGGGUUGGCACUAAUGCAGGCUCUGCAUCAGUCUGAUUUACAUCUUUCUUUACUGGUUGAUCUACAUUCCUACCCUCACCCAUGGCCAUGAGCUGUGGGUAAUGGCAGAAAGAAUGAGAUCACGAGUACAGGCGGCCAAAGGAGUUUCCUCUGCA